GUGACGGGGCUUUACCACACCUCCUUGGGUCGCUGAGGGGGCCGGGGGCGACCCGCCGGCUGGUUGUACGACGACAGCGAGGCGCCGCUCUAGCGUUUUGGAGCUGCACCUUGGGUUUCACGUACAGCGCUGAGGGGCAGCGGAGGGGAGACGGGUUGGUGAUUGUGUGUUUACCAACGGUGUACUCGCGAAGAGGAGGUGGGGAGGGGGUGAUGGUUGUGUGUAUUGGUGCACUUCUGCGGAGGGGGCUUGUCCGGCUGAGCUGCGGGUUUCACCUAAGCUCAUGCAGAGGCCAGCAGUUCAGUUGCAUGGGCGUUGGUGAUGGCUAAUACGACAUGUCUCCAGUUUGUUAUCCGCGGCCAGGGGGCAUGGCGGAGGGCCGAAUUGAAGGAGGGGACGCGGGUCAACUCGCCCGGACGGCCGGGCGCCGGGGCUGCUGCUCUGCAUGCGAGUGGGGCCCAGGCCGGGUGGAGCGGUGGGUCAUCCCUCCGCGCUGGUGUGCUGCGACUUGGUGCGACACGCAUCACUCCGGACUGGCCGGGACGCGGAGGUUGCGUUCGCUGACGUGGUGGGCAGGUAACGAGGGAAGCCAAGCUCACUGCGGUAUCGCAGUGUAGGUGUAGAGCUGCUGUGUUCUGUAUGGCUUUCGGGUUGUGCUGCUAGGUAUGCUAAGAAAACUGGCCGCGAAAACUGGCUGCUAGUAUGUCUAUGGAUUGAACGGCUGCUGCGCUCGAUUGGGCCCCACGUGACCCGGAGGGGCGGUUGGGCCGGCAGCGGGUUUUUGACCGCUGCCGGCAGCAGCUGCAUCGAACCGGCCGCAUGUCGCAACAGGAGUCGCGGUGGUGCGUUGGCGCUGCUGUGGCACUGUUGUGCGCCCUCUUCUCCGGCUUGCCGGUGUACACUGCGGGCUGCCGCACCCAUGGCGCGCCUGAGGGUGGUGACUGAGAUCUCACCGAAGCUGUAGAUGGGAGCAUGACAGAGGAAGCAUGUUGGGGUAAACGGGCUCUUAUCCCGCUGGCCCUCUCUUGCGGUAGGUACGGAACUGCCUGGACAUGGGCGUGUCCAGCUGGACGGGGUUUUACCCGCUUUGUGGUGUAGGUUACUUCUGCUGUAGAGAGACCAUGCUAAUAAUGGCUGUGCGGAAGCUAUUUCGGCGGGGAACGUGCGAUACUGAGGUAGUCAAUUGUUAAUGGUCCAGCCUGGUCGGCAUGGCUCACGAUUCUAGAUUGAAAGGCUGCCUUAGAGCACAACAGAGCGUGUUAGUUUGGCACAACUCAAAGGUCUAUCAGACGCCACUCGACUGUCAU